GCGAUACCUCUGUAAGUCUGUUGGCCAGGCACGAAGAGAGGAGAGCAAAAUAUCUCGGAGAUUCUCUACCGUUAGCUGUAGAAAUAUCGACAUUUAACUCACCUUCAGUUGUCUUGGUUGCUUUAGUUAGUUGAUAUAAACAGCUCAGUCUAUUUUAGAUGUUAUCUGCUGAUAAAAGGUAGUGAGAGUUUUGUUAGGACGCUGAAUUGUAUGUGUGAAGAGCUAACUGCUAGCUGACAGGCUACCUAGCUUAGCCUUUAGUGAGAUGGCGUUGAAAAGAAUUCAAAAGGUAAGAGUGUUUUUAAUUUCAUUAAAAAUAAUCACUUAAUAACCUUUUAUUCCUGUUUGUGUGGAACUCUAACCGCUGUGUGGACCUGUGUGGAGCUGAUGUUAUUUCUGAUUUUAUGUUGUUUAUUAUUAAAUUUUAGUAUUUUUGAGUAAAUUUUCAGACAAAGACGAGCUAACAGAUGUCAGUUAAAAGGCUUUUAUUUUGAAAAUCUGCUGUUAGUCUAUAUUUCAGACUCUUUAAAAACCUGAAUCAGCUCUGAGAUCUGACUGUUUCUGUCAGGAUAACUUUAGGACAUGAUCUUUUGUUUUUUGGGUGUUUUUAUUUCUGAUAUUUUAGUUUUUUAUGAGUUUAUAUUUUAUUUCUCAGACUGGUUUCUUUCUCUCUCUAACAGCAGGUUGAUAAUAAUAAUGUGUAUGAAUGACAGCUGCUUGUUGGUUGCCAAAAUUGAACCGUGUGUCAGUGUUUCCUUAUAAGGGUUGGUAAAUGGGGCACUAAAGCGGGCCACGGUGUGUAUUUAUAUAACAGGAGGAGAAGUUAAAUAACAGCCUUCAUUUAAAUAGAACCAUCUGUUGGUUUGUUGUCUUUGUACGUACACAAUGACCUUACUUUCUCUGCCCAUCAUGUUGGUUUUAUUUAGCAGCCUUAUGGAAUUAAAGCCUGUUUAUGACUUCACUGUUAAUGCAGCCAUCUCUCCUAAAAACACCUUUACCUGUCAGCAGACGGACAGCAGACAUAUUUUCAAUAAAAAAUAAACGUCUUUACACAAAGUCAGAUGGAAACAGGGUUAAAAUUCUGUUAAAGUCACAAAGAAGCUCCUCGGGAUCCGAUUUUUAUAUUAGUGAAACUUUAAACAUCAGGAUUGAUCAGAAACAUCAACCAACCAACCAAACAACCAAACAACCAACCAACUCCUGUUUCUGAAUAAAAUGUUCAUUUUAAACUUUAUUCUUUUUAUGAUAAGGACAAAAACAUUACUGUUUACUGUAGUUUUUAUGUAAUUAUUCUCUUUUUUAGAGUUAAGUUAGUAUUUGUUUAUGCUGUUAUGUAUAAGACGGUAGUUUUUAAGGAAGUGAAAGUAUUUUUACCGUUUGUCUGUCGUCUUCAGGAGCUGUCAGACCUGCAGAGGGACCCGCCUGCUCAGUGUUCAGCUGGACCUGUUGGAGAUGACUGUAAGUAUGAGGACAAAGGGAUUUAUUUGUGUUUACAUUAUUAUUACAUUAUUGAAGUUCAGGAUUUAAAGUGCUAAACUAAUCUAUUGUCCAUUUUUCUCAGUGUUUCAUUGGCAGGCAACAAUAAUGGGGCCGGUAAGUAAAACCAGUUUUGAACGUGGAAAUACGCAGCGAAAAGUUCCCGUCUGAAAUCUAUUUUCUUUUUGUCUUUAUAGAGUGACAGUCCGUAUCAGAGCGGAGUGUUUUUCCUCACCAUUCACUUCCCCACAGAUUAUCCCUUCAAACCACCAAAGGUCAGACUGAGGCGAGCUUUUUCUCACACCAGACAUGACUUUCUAUUCGAGUGUCGAAUUGAUUGAAACUUUGGUUUCUGUUUUCACUCAGGUGGCUUUUACAACUAAAAUUUACCACCCAAAUAUCAACAGCAACGGCAGCAUUUGUCUGGAUAUACUAAGAUCUCAGUGGUCGCCUGCACUCACGGUAUCGAAAGGUAAGACUGAUGAUCAGCUGCUCUGACAGGUCAAAUCUCUUUUUAUAAGAAGCAGCAGCUGCUAAAAAAACAAAAACAAGAUCUUUAAGAAAACGCUGAGAAUGAAACGACAAACAACAAAAUCACUAAAAGAGUUUUUAUUUCAGUGUUAAAUUUCAGUUUUUAUUGGAGCUCAGACUCUCAGGUCUCUGAUCCAAACUGAACCAGAACAGAGGAUUCAGAACCACCAGAGACUUCACUGGACCUGAACCCAUAUAAGGUGGACUGAGGGGACAUGGAGAACUGUCCUGUGGUCUGAGGGAUCCAAGUCUGUCUGUCUUUUUGGAAAUCCUGGACUUUCUAAAGAGUCGAGGAUCCACCAGGCCUGAUCUCAGCUCCUAGUCCAAAUCCAGCAUCCCUGAUGGUCUGGGGAUCAUCAGAGUCCAUGACAUGGGUACCUUCCACAUCUGUGAAGGAACAAGAUCUCCAGGGUUAGGACCAACAUCUGCAUCCAUCCAGACCAGGACCUCUUCAGGGAAGACCUUCAUAUGAUCCAGAACCAGAUUCUGACAACAGCAUGGCUCUGUAGGAGAAGAGUCCUGGACUGAUGCGGUCCGGACUUGCAGAGACGGUCUAACAUCAGUCUGGUUCUGCUCGAGGUCUCUGCCUGUUUAAGGAGGUUCUUCCUCUCAGAGGGGGUCCGGUCUUACUAGAUGGGACUUCAUGUUGGUUUUCUAGACCAGCUCUUUUUUUCAUAAACUGGAACCAUUUCUAAAAGAUUCACUGAUAUUCCCCCAUGGAAACAUUUGGACCAUCAGGACCCCCAAAAACAGGACAGAGGAGACCCUGAACUGCUGAGCAGCUGAAAUCCUCCAUCAGACCGGACUGGGAGAACCUGGUCCGAAGUUUCAGGAAGAAAACCGUCCUGAAUGAUCGUGAUCGGAGAUCGUUUAAACGUUUCAUCAAAUGGAAGAAAAACAACAUCAGAAAUCAGAGGUUUGUUAAAUAAGAGCGUUUCCACCAUGAAGAGGGACUCAAAGGGACUGAGGAAAACCACGAACCAGGACUUUUGGACUCUGGAGGAAUGGAAGAAGCUCAUGUGGUCUGAUGAGUCCAGAUCUACCCUGUUCCAGAGUGACGGGGGCGUCAGGUGAAGUGAUGAACCCAUCAUGCCUAGUGUCUAAAGAACCAGCCUGUGGGGGCAGGACUGUGGUCUGGGUCUGGGUCUGAGUCUGCAGUCGGUCAGGUCGAGAUUCAGAAACAUCAUGAGCCCAAAGAUAGAGCUCAAAUCUCGACCACCAGUCCAGACCUGAACCCGGUGAGGGUCUUUGUGCCGUGGUCAGAGUCUCUGUUCAGCAGAUCCUGGUGAAAAACACGGGAUGGAGUUUAUCGAGAUCUAACCGCAGAGAAUUCACGCUGUAAUCAAAGAGAACCAACCGAAUAUUAGAGUGUGAGGCAGCGUACACACACACACACACACACACACACACUCACACACACACACACACACACACACACACACACACACAUACACACACACACACACACACACACACACACGCACGCACGCACGCACGCACGCACGCACACACACACAGGCACACAUACACACACGCACGCACGCACGCACACACACACACACACACACACACACACUGUAUAACGUCCCGUUCAUGUCCUCGUGGUUCACCUGUGGCUCUGUAAUAGAAACUGUUCUUGAGUCUGGAGGUGCGGACUCUGAGUGCUCUAUAGCGCCUCCCAGAGGGGAGCAGAAAGGACAGGUGUGGUCAGGGGAGGCCUUCAUCUCUGAGUAUGAUGGUGACGGUGUGAAUGCAGGAAAUUCUGAGUGAGGGCAGACUGGGUCCGAUGGUCUUUCCUGACUGGUUGCAGACUCAGAGUUCAUGUACCAAGCUGUCGGUCGAUCGUCAGGACAGGAGCGAAGGUGGAGCGCUCCGAGCAGCAGGUCGUUUUUCUUCAGUGUCCUCAGGAAGUAAAGCUUCCCUCCCCAGAGAGGAGGAGUUAAGUGACCACGUUAGAUCCUCGCUGAUGUAGGUCCUCAGGAACGUGAGGCUGGCAACCCGUUCCACUUCCUGUCCCUCGAUGGUUUGGGGGACACGGUCCUCCUGCUGUUUGGAAACAGAAAAUGAUUUCUUUGUUUGUUUUUUGAGGUUAAAGGUUCUAGUCCAUCAGUCUGUUUCCUCUCUGGGGGGGUUUCAUGAGGAACAUGAACCUCCUGUCAGUCUGAUCACAGAUGCUUCACUGUAGUCCAUAAACUUCCAUUUGGACUGGAGGUUCAACCUAACAGGUUCUGGUUCUCUCUCUCUCUCUCCACAGUAUUAUUGUCUAUCUGCUCUCUUCUUUGUGAUCCAAACCCGGACGACCCGCUGGUACCAGAGAUCGCCCACACGUACAAAGCUGACAGGGAAAAGUGAGUGAUGAGAUUUUCCACACCUCUGCUUUCUGUUAGGGGGAUGUGUUUUUUAUUAUUUAUUCAUAUUUAUAUUUAUUAUAUAUUCACCGUCUCCAAACUCUGUUUUUUUUCAGAUACAACAAAUUAGCCAGAGAUUGGACGCAGAAGUAUGCGAUGUGAGACGAGCAGGAAGAUCAAAACAAGAACAGGAACAAAAGAAACACAUUUGAUUUGUAACUUUGAGGCAAAUGAGCAACAGCAGAGUGGAAAAAAAAACAAGACAACACCUAUCUUUUGAAGGAGGAAGCAAUACAGGGGUACAGCGCCCCCUGGCUGUCCAUGUGCAGAGAUGUUAACUUGUGCUGUUCUCCGUGUCUGGAUCUGCUGAGCAGGACCAGACAGGCUCUGAAAGCACUCCCACAUGGAAACUCAUCUGCCGCUCUCAGACUUUGAACUGUUACUCCUGCUAUCAUCAUGUUAUUUAUCAUCGUCACUGUUCUUCAUCAUAUCGUUGUGAUACUCAGAGGCAAACUAUUAGAUUGAUUCUUUUGGAGGUUGGCUUUGUCCAUUUGUCAGAGGUACUGUCUGUGUCUCACUGGAUGUCUCCUUCUUACUGUACUUCCAUGUUUUUAGUGGCCUUUCUGUGUUUUUUUUUUUCGGUAAAUGUGCAAUUGAGGCAGAAUGUUCCCCGUUCAACUUAAAAUGGUGCCGUGCCAUUACCAGCAGCUGAUGUGUUGGCACAUGCUGUCUCUGACCCCAGACAAUGUGAAAAUGUGAGGGAUCCUGGGUCUCCAUCUCUAAAGCGACAGUAUUAAAGGUUUCGACACCACUGGACAGCUGCUGUGAGGAGCUGGUCUGGCUCUGAGUUGUUGUUUGGAUCCAGAGGCUCAAUGUCAGCUCUCAUUUUUCUCACACAUGGCGUCAUCGCUCUCAUUUCCCGUAUCAGUAACAGUCCGCAGCUUGUGUCCACAGCGCACAAAUACUACAGUCGACCUGUUAGUCGAUGUGUUGCUAUGAACACCGUUUCUCUUUGGCCAAUUCAGUGCAGUGACUCAGGUAUCAGACCCGUUCAUCAAACGGAUCAGAGUCCAUACCGUCAUACCGACAUCGAACAGCCGCGCUCCUCUGAAUGAUCCUGAUGUUCAACAUUUCUCAGUAACACGCCGUUUCAGACGUGCCGUAAUUCCUCUCAGAGACACUUUCAUUAUCACAUCAUUUUCUCUUAUUAACUUAUUUAAAACAACAGCUUUUAAUCUUGCUGAAAUGUCUUUAUGAACUUGAAGAGGCCUUUUGUCAUGGCUGUUGUCUCUAGAAACGGGAAUUGAAAAAAGGACUCAUUUUACAGAAACAAGUCGAUUUGUUGGUUUACUGGAAGUCAGACAGCUGCAGUGACAGAGAAAAUAACUCCAUAUCAGGUCAUCUGACGUUUAUCAGCACUUUGAAGGUUUAAAUUCACUUUUUUUCAGUCUGAUCGUAGGUUUUUCUUGAUGCUUGAUGCUUGAUCUUUUUCAGAAGCUGUAGUUUUAUGGCUUUGAUUUUUUUCCCCAUUCAAAUAACUAGAAUUUAAAACACGAUUGUGAUGUUUAAUGUGUAAUAUUAGUUUGAAUAUAAUCCAUUGUGACUGAGGUAGUUUGAAAUGCUACGAUUUGUCUUUUUCAUUGGGGCUGAAAAUGUGCUGAUGCUGCCAAUAUAAAGGGAAUAUUCUGAUGCUAUAGAAAAGGAAUACAUUUAACCAUCGAGUUAUCAUUGAGAAGAUUUAUCUUAAGGUUCAUUGUGAAGCAUGAAAAUAUUAGAGGCUUUAAUUGUAGAAUUAACACCAUGGUUUAGAUGCCAAAUGUAGAUUUUUACCACUUUAGCAGCUGUAGAAAAAAGUUCUGAAUAACAGUAUAUACUAAAAGGUUAUGGGAAAAUGUAUCCGUACAUGCAGUCAGGUUCUGUUUUUGCUGCCAGAGCACAACUGAAAAAGAUGUGUGAUAGUUGUAGUUCAAACUUUGUUUGUUCUUCUGGCUCAUUUAUUUAUUUGAAAGCGGAGAAUCUUCCAACAGUGCGGCUGAACGCAGCCUCAUUGGUCCUCUGGGUCAUGUGACAUUGACUCCCUUUGUCUCAGUAGAGUUUCUAUAGGCAGCUUGGCAUGCUUUGCACUCUGGAGGAACCCUGUCACAGCCAUUCACCAGAUAUCAGGGAUUUCAUUAUAACUCAUCUGCCUAAUAUCUCAGACUGAAAUUUUAGCCUUAACCCUCAUUUUGUGUAUCUAUAAAGCGGUUCAUAAACUGUAAAUCUGAGUGAGUCGUUUCAUCAGCAGACACACAAACCUGCUCAAACCAACACCGACAUUUCAGCCGCGCUUCUGAACGCUGGACCAGCCCUCAUCCACGUCCACACACACACACACACACACGAGAACUACAACCCUGACAUAUAUGAAUAAAGUUCAUCUUGGUUUACUUUGGUCUGUGUCUGUGUGUGUGUCUGUGUGUGUCUGUAAUGAAGUAACAACAAACCUGCUGAUAUUAUGAAAACAGUUUUUGAAAGUAAGUUGGUUUCUCUGCAAUAAAACAGACUGAAGACAUUAAAAGACCAGGAUGAACCUGAAAACAUAAACUUUUUAAAAAGCUGAGCAGACCGUGAACCCAGAGAUGUGUUACUAUGUUUGAUAGAGUCAUCACACACACACACACACACAGCGUUAUCUUUUUCCUCUUUGACAAAAAACAAGGACUGACAAAGAGACACAAUCAGAACUAAAAUAAAUCAGGAGAAAAUGCAGCGAUGUUGAA